AUGGACGAUGAUUAUUUCAAUCGACAUGGUGUAGUGGCACCAAGAAAUCAUGCUGAUGGGCAUCAAAGAGGUUCUAAGGCUUCAGCCCCUGUGAAACCUGAAGUUCAGAAGGCAGUACCUCCUAUUGAAGUGCCUGCAUUGUCUCUUGAGGAACUGAAAGAAAAAACUGAUAAUUUUGGAUCCAGUGCAUUAAUUGGCGAAGGAUCUUAUGGAAGAGUGUACUUUGCUCAGUUAGGUAAUGGAAAAGAGGUGGCUGUUAAGAAACUUGAUGUGUCAUCUGAGCCUGAUUCAAAUGUUGAGUUCUUAACUCAGGUCUCAAUGGUGUCAAGGCUGAAGAAUGAAAAUCUUGUUGAGUUGCUUGGUUAUUGUGUAGACGGCAAUCUUCGUGUCUUAGCAUAUGAGUUUGCAACCAUGGGAUCUCUACAUGAUAUUUUACAUGGAAGGAAAGGAGUUCAAGGGGCACAACCCGGUCCUGUACUUGAUUGGAUGCAACGUGUAAGAAUUGCUGUUGAUGCUGCAAGGGGACUGGAAUAUUUGCACGAGAAGGUUCAGCCUUCUAUAAUACACAGAGAUAUAAGAUCCAGCAAUGUGCUUCUGUUUGAAGACUAUAAAGCCAAAAUUGCAGAUUUUAAUCUAUCAAAUCAGGCUCCUGACAUGGCUGCUCGCCUUCAUUCUACUCGAGUUCUUGGGACAUUUGGUUAUCAUGCACCAGAAUAUGCAAUGACGGGGCAGUUGACACAGAAGAGUGACGUGUAUAGCUUUGGUGUUGUUCUGCUAGAGCUUUUGACAGGAAGGAAGCCCGUUGAUCAUACUAUGCCUCGUGGACAACAGAGUCUUGUUACUUGGGCCACUCCGAGAUUGAGUGAGGACAAAGUUAAACAAUGUGUAGAUCCAAAGCUUAAGGGAGAAUACCCACCAAAAGGAGUUGCAAAGUUGGCUGCUGUUGCAGCAUUAUGCGUGCAGUAUGAAGCCGAGUUUCGACCAAAUAUGAGCAUUGUUGUCAAGGCCCUACAGCCUCUCUUGAAGUCGACCGCCCCUGCUCCGGAGGUUUAGUGUGCUCGUAAUGUUUGCAUUGCUGCAUGUUUUGCUCAGUUUGGAUCAAUUUAUUCGUGAAAUUUAAUAGUCGGACCACAAAAUUAUUUUUUUUCAAUUUUUUUCCCUAAGUUGAGACAUGUAGAAUUCAAUUCGGCUGCCAUGAUUAUUCUUUGUGGUUUGUUUUGAGUCUGUUGGAAUGUUGCAAUAUGGCAUUGAAGUGUUCCUAAUUCACGUGCUUUAAUGUGUAUCUAAUUCAAUGAAUUAUUAUAUAUGGUUAUAUUAUUUU